AUGACUGUUGGAGGAUUGAUCUUGUUUGGAAGUAUUUUGUUUUUAAUUUUCAUGAUCAAUGUCAUUUAUGAAAUUGCUUUCAAAUUGUAUGUGAAAAUUAGUGCCAAAUUAAGAAAAAAGAGACGAGAAUUGGGAGAAAAAUCAUCUCUAUUUUCAGCUAAACAGAGAAGAGAUUUAAUGACAUCUUCUAUGGCGACUGCAAGUUUUGUUCAAGACAAUUUCACUGUGGAUAUUGGAUUUGAAAAUUUGGGACUAAUUUUAAGAGGUUCAGGAAAGAAAGUCCUUCAUGGUGUGACGGGUGAAAUCAAACAUGGACAAUUGACAGCAGUGAUGGGUUUGUCAGGAUGUGGAAAAUCAACAUUCAUUACGACAUUGGCCAAUCGAGCAUAUUAUGGAACUCAAGUUGGAAAAGUUUUUGUGAAUGGAGUGGAGGAAAAAUUAUCAAAUUACAAUCGAAGAAUUGAUUUAACUCGAUUGGACGCUAAAAAGUCGAGAAAGGAUAUUGAUGCCAUUGUGAAUGAUGUCAUUAAGGUAUUAAAUUUGGAAGAUGUGAGACAUUCAGUUAUUGGAGAUCAAGAGAAGAGAGGUAUUUCUGGAGGUCAACGUAAGAGAGUGAAUGUUGGUAUUGAAUUGGUCUCCUCUCCUCUUGUUCUCUUCCUAGAUGAACCCACCAGUGGUCUCGACAGUGCCAGUUCCAAAGAAGUUUGCGAAGCUCUUCAAAACAUUUCCAGAGCUGGCAUCAAUGUCAUUACAGUCAUCCAUCAACCUCGAUAUGAAAUUUUUACCAUGUUCGAUACUUUACUGCUUCUUGGAAAGGGUGGAAGAACCAUUUAUUUAGGACCUGUGGACCGAGUGGAAGAAUAUUUUGAAAAAGAAUUUGAAUUUGUGAAACCUAAUGGAAUUAAUUUGGCUGAUUUUGUUAUUGACAUCUCAGCAGGAAUGGUUGAAAAUGAAAAGUAUCCAAAUUUCGAUCCUCAUUCAUUGCCAGAAUAUUGGGAAGAGAGAAAACACAAAUAUGAUACCAAUGCUCGUGCAAGUUUGGGAAUUGGAGGUUUUCUUGAUAGAGACAACACGACAUCAACACCAUUGGUCAAUCCUUCUUCAAUGUCAACUUCGGUCAACUCAACCUCAACCACAGGUAAUGCAUUGAAUUAUUACAUGACAAAACCUCCACAAAUCAUGACACCCACUCCAAGAUCCAAACGAAAAUUCAUCAAUCCAAGACUUCCAUACUUUGCACAAUUUUGGAUGUGUUUCAAACGAAGUAUAGUCCAAUUGCUGAGAGGAUUACCAAGUCUCGUUCUCGAUUUUUCACUCAUCUUUCUAUGUGCUUCCUUUUUAGGGUUACUUUUUUACAAUAAGGUGUAUGUAGGUCCUCCUCCAUCAAAUGUCUAUGAGAAAUGUCCUGGAGAUUUACAAAAAGUUUGUAAACAACCUGCCGACGAUCCAAUUGCUACCAUUUCAGCAUUAAUGUCUCUUUCGAUGGCUUUGAUGGGAUCCAUGGCUGCCCUUCGAGUAUUUGGAAAAGAAUAUUUGAAUUUCUAUAGAGAGAGUCAAACAGGUCUCAGUACUUUUUGUUACUUUUGGGCCAAGGAUAUGUCCAUGUUGAUUGUGAAUAUUUUUGCACCCAUUGUGUUCUUGACCAUUUACUACACGACAGUUGCACCACUCGCCUCCGUGUUGGAAUAUUACUAUGCAUUGCUUUUGGUGUAUUGGGCUUCGUAUGGAUUGGGUUAUUUCAUUAGUAUAAUUGUCAAACCAAAUGUUGCACAAUUGACAUCUGUAGUGAUUGUAUUCAUUUUCAAUGUGUUUAGCGGUUCUACAACUCCUCUUCCAACACUUCGUGACAUGUAUUUCCCGAUUAAUAUUUUCCCAGCUCUCUCCUAUUUAACAUACAGUCAUGAAAAUAUUUACCUUAUUGAACUUGAAAGAUAUAGACACUUGUAUAACACAACUACGAGUAUGGAAAAUAUGGGUUACAAGUGGGAUGAGUUGGGCCUUACAAUUGGCAUGGUAGUGGUAUUUGGAAUGCUUUUUAGAAUUGCUUCAUUCGUGGCUUUGGUUUGUGUGAAACCAUCAAGUUUGUUCAAUUUAGCCAUGUUUUCUAUUCAAAACUUUUUCUUGAACAAAGUUAGAGCCAUUAUGAAGAAGUUCAGAAAGCAGUAG